GUUGAUAUGAGUAAAGUCAAGCUCGAUGUGAUCAAACCCUGGAUAACUACAAAAAUCACGCAAAUCCUAGGCAUCGAGGAUGAUGUCGUCGUAGAGUUUGUGUAUAAUCAGCUGGAGGAAAAGUAUAAGUAGAGACCGUUGCUGAUGGGCGUAUCAACCCAAUAAUGUCCAAAUGGGUGUGAAAAAGUAAGGAUACGUGCUACAUCAUCUGAGUAACGGCAACCGGAAUUUACCCAUUCAACAGGAAGUACCACAGGUUAAUCAUCACAGCAUUCCUCUUCUUCUCCCCUUCUCCACUUCAAUAUUGGCACGCCAAUCAUCCCGCAACUUGUCCACUUCUCGUUAAACAUCAUAAUCAUCAUCAGUGUCUUCAUCACGAGCCUCAAGCAUGAGGCCACUCCAGAGGGGCGAACCUCGGAAUCGUCAAGUAUCGUCGAGUGUUGUAAAUACCUGCGCACAUCCUGGAAUAGGCAUUUGACAAAAUGCCAGUCACCACAAUCAUCGUCCACAUGUAAUGUGGCCAUAAUCGCACCGAGUAGCAGCAUUCAGCAUUGCUGAUAGCUUCAAGGGCAGCAAUUCUUCUCGUUGAUCCAUGGGAAUGGAUAUCACCAGCUACAGAUGCUGGUCAUUGAUCCCCUUAUGUGUUCCACGCUCGUGUAUCAACUAAUCAGGCACUCAAGGAGGUAUUCGGCGAGCAAUCUGUAUCACAUGACUCUGUUGCUCACUUGUCUAUGUGGCAGCAUCCAGAUCCUCGAAAAAUGCAGAUCAACCUCACCGGCUUCUUAAAUGGUAAAAAUGCAAGAUCAUUCAUGGGAGAAUUGUGGGACCUUUUGGUCUCUGCCCAGGAGAGCGUCACAGGGAUACCCGAGGCAUUUUUACAACAGAAGAAAGAUCAAAUCAAAAAACGAUUGGAGGAACAGGAAAAGCUCCAGGCAUCUAUUGCGGAGAAAGAAAAGGAAAAGGAGAAAGACGAUGCUGAUAAAGUGAAGAAAGAGGAAAAGGACCGAGGUGGCUCUAAAGAAAGAAAACGGGAGAGAAGUCGAGAGCGUGACAGAGACAGGAAUAAGCGGAGUCGUUCUCGAGAUCGUCAUCGCGAUAGAGAUCGUUCCAAUCGCAAACAUGCGUCUAAAUCACCCAGCAAGCCAUCAACAAAAGAUAACGGAAAGGAAGUACCAGAAACAAAAGCCGAAAAAGAUGAACCCUCAUACCUAGAGAACGUCAUUCCCAUGAUGCCCAUGAAAACUAAACCAGAAGCAGCAGUCGCUAUUUCUCGCCUUCAAGCCAAACUGAUGAGCAUAGCUGAUGGAAAAAAAAAAACAAAUCGAUCUUCCUCCCCCGAGAAUGAAAAGAAUCCUCCCAGAGGUGGUUCAAAGUCUCCGCUGAUAAAAUCUAAAAAAUCUCGAUCCAAAUCUCCAAUUUCAAAGAGCCGAAAGUCUCGCUCACCAGCAGGAAAAAAUCGACGAUCACGGUCCAAAAAUCGCCAUUCUAAAUCAAGAUCGGUUGAUCGUUCAAAAUCACGAAAAACAAAAUCCAAAUCACCAUUGAGACACUCACGUUCACGUUCUCGUUCAAAAAGCAUCCCGCGUAAUAAAUCCCGUAAAUCACGUUCUAAUUCAAGUGACUCAAGGUCAACUAAAUCGCGUUCCAAAUCAUCAGAUAAACGUCGUGAGCAUGGAAAGCGAAAUGCAAGUACGAGCAGCAGUUCGGACAGUGACCGAGGAAAGGAUAAGAAUGAUUUUGAGAUUAGAAAGAAGAAGGAUGGCAUUCAGGCGAAGAGAUCGUAUCGUAAAACUAAUAAAGAUGAUAGCGCAAGUGACACUGAUUCGAGUCAUGAGAGAAAAUCUGGGGGGAAGAGGAGGAGUGCGUCACCGAGGAACGAUCGAGAUAAAUCGAAGGAUCGAGAACGUUCACGUAAUCGAUCGAGAGAAAGGAACAGAAGGCGAGCAUCACUGGACAGAGACAGGGACAGGAGGCGAGAUCACGACAGGGAUAGGGAUCGUCCAGACAGAUAUAGUGGCAGUCGCAGCAUGAGACCUCCAUCUUCACGUCGAGCCCCAAGUUGGCGAAGAAGUUCACCUCGUAGAUCACCACCGCGUUAUCGUCGCAGAUCACCGAGUCCUGCGCGUCGUCGACGCUCUCCCGAUCGCCGACGUCGUUCCCCAGAUCCACGUAACAGCCGACGUCGCUCACCAGAUACUCGUGACAGACUUAGCAGGUACGAUAGAUCAUCCUCGCGUGAUAGAUCCAGCCGACGCGAUCAUUCGAAAAAUCGUCGUGAUAGAGAACGUAAGUCGCGGUCUAAAGAGCCGACAUCAUCGCUCGAUCGUUCCAAAGAGAGUAAAAAAUCGCCGGAUCAUUCUAAAGACGUUAGAGACAAAUUUAAGGACAAGAGAAGUAUUCCUGACGAGAAGAUGAAAGAACCCAUUAUUACUCCACGAAAAGAAUUGAAAAAUGGAAUGUCAAAAUCCAGUAGCUCCGAUAGGAGCGAGAGUAGUUCCUCCAGUGAUGGAGAACAGCCCAUUAGGAAAUCACCUGAAAGGAAAUCAUCGCAUGAACAACGUGACCGAGAGACGAGGGAACAGCGAGAACGUGAGCACGCAGAAGAUCUCAAGAGGCGAGAAAAGGAGAGAUUCAUGAAAGAGGAAGUUGUCAAACGUUUGGAUAAGGAGAAUAAAAAGGGCGAAGUUAUAGCCGCAUUGAAAAAAACAGAGCCAAAUGUUACUGCGAAAAAGCCAGUGUCAUCAUUACCACUUUCUAGGCACAGAUUUUCACAGAGUCUCUCACGUACCCCAUCGCCCUUUAAAAAAACCGAGGACAUAAUUGCAGCUGCAUCAAAAUCAAAGUUAAUACUACCAAAAGAUGGCAAAGAAGAUUCUCCAAAAAGUACCAUGGCCACUGAGAAUUUUCAAUUACGAAAGGACGAGAGAUCAAUUAAAGCGAUAAAACCACUGGUGGAUGACAAGAAACAAGGGAUAAAGGCUUUGGAGGCGUCAACACUCAAAAAAUCAUUGGAGACAGUCAAGAAGAUGCGAAAGGAUAGAAAUGAUUCAUCAGAUUCUGAUGAUACUGAUGACGACGAGGAAGAAGAUGAAGAGGAAAUGAGGAAGAAGCAGCGGAGAUCUGGAAAAGCCAGAAAGUCCCGCAAAGAGUCGAGUGAUGAUGAGAAUCACUCGGACAAAGGGAGUAGCUCGGAUUCAGAGGACGACAGAAAACAGUCAGACCUUAAGAGAAGUAAAGAUGCAGGAAGAGGUGAUGUAAGUGACGAUCGUAGUAAGAACAAAAAAGACAUUAAAAAACGUGACAUUAGCAUCGCCGAUUCUCGCAGAAGAUCAAAGAAAGUUAUUGACGAGGAUUUGAAGAAAUCCAGAAAGUCAAGGAAGGAUUCGUCUUCUGACGACAAUGAGCCAAAAGCUAAAAAAUAUAAGAAUGAGGAUGACAGAGCCAAGUCUAGGAAGUUGAAGAAAGAUUCGAGUUCAGACGACGAACCGAAGAAAUCGAGAAAACGUAGAGAUAGUUCUUCAGAUAUUGACAAGUCAAGAACGCGAAAAAUUCAGAAAGAAUUGAUUACUGACGACGACGUCCGGUCGAAGGUAAAAAAAUCACGCCGAGAUUCGAGUUCUGAUGAUGAGGAAGUUGCUGAUAAGGAGACCAAAAAGAAACGAAAAGUUGAUGAUAGCUCGGACGAAGAAAAGGCGAAGAAGAAGAGGAAGAAAAAAACGAAAACAAGUUCAACUGACUCAGAGGAGAGCGAAAUAGAGGAGAAAAAGAAGAAGAAGGAUAAAAAACAUAAAAAACAUAAGAAGCACAAGAAGCAUAGGAAGCACAAGAAGAAGAAGCAAGCUGAUUCAGAGGAGUCUGAAGCGAGUGAAGGUAAUACCGAAGAGCUUGAAAAAAAACUUCGCGAAAAAGCAUUGAAAUCAAUGAAAAAGGCACACAGUAUGGACGCAAGUGACUGAACAUUCUAUUUUUUUUUUUAACAAUUUAACAACGCAUACUAAAAAUUGUAUGAAAUUUAUUUACGAUGUAAACUUGGAGUGAGAAAAAAUAACAAACCAUAAUUUUUAUGUUGUCUACUGGUAUAGGCUACUCACCUAAUUCGCAAGACAAAUAAACGGAUAAAGAUAUGAGUCCGAGAUAGUAGAGUGUAAUUGUCAUCAUUAUAAAAAUAAUUAUGUCAAAUAAAUUUGUGUAAAAUGAUAAAUGAAUAUUUAAUCACUGAUAAAUGAUGUCCAUAUUUGAAUUUGUAAAUUGCAAUGAUGAAUUUUUGCAAUUAUUAAACUGUAGAACUUUAGUAUCACAGAUGAAUCCCCAUUGUCAUAAAUAAAGGAAUAUAAAUAUACAUGGA